GGCACGAGCUGAGCUCCCACAGCUCAGGACCCAGAACCAGGAAGCGAAAGUAUACACAUGGAGGGUGUGUCUGGCCCCGCCAGCACAGGUUUUAGUUUUAAAAACACCGUCCUCCGCGGUUAAUUUAAUGGGGGACACGGCAAAGACCAAGCGGCGGGAGCAGCUGAAGCGCUGGGCCGGCUCCUGCACCGACAGAGCGUCCGACGUUCCCCGCCGGAGGUGGCGCGGCGAUGCCGGGGAGGCGGCAGGGGAGGCCGAGGCCGAACUGAGCUGCGACCCGCCGGGAGAGCAGCAGCCAGAGGCAGCGGGCAGAGAUGGUAGCAGUCCCAUCCUCAGUGGACGGAAGAGGGUCAGGUUUGACAGCGCUGCCGAGUUCCUCGCUGCUUGUGCCAGCGGCGACACGGAGGAGGCGAAGGUGAUGCUGGAGGAGACUGAACAAACCAAAUCCAGGAACGGGGAGAACCUACCAGACAUCGUUAACUGCUCCAACGCUGAUGGCAUCACUGCACUCCACCAGGCCUGCAUAGAUGGCAGCAUGGAGAUCGUGACCUUCCUGCUGGAGCACGGCGCCAACGUAAACCAGGUUGACAGUGAGGGAUGGACGCCGCUGCAUGUUGCUUCCUCCUGCGGCUACCCUGACAUUGCAGAAUUCCUCCUUCAGAAAGGUGCGUCUCUUACUGCUGUGAACUGUGAUGGUGACGUUCCUCUGGACAUUGCUCUGGAUGAGACCACCGAGUCUCUUCUUCAUGAUUACACACAAAAACAAGGUGUGAACUUGGAGGCAGCUAAGCGUAAGGAAGAGGAGCAGAUGAUGUCAGACGCCCGGACCUGGCUAAACGAGGGUCCGCCUGCUGAUGUCAAGGAUCCAAGAACUGGCGCCUCUCCGCUGCACGUCGCUGCAGCCAAAGGAUAUGUGGAGGCUCUGAAGAUACUGUGUCAGUGUGGACUCGACGUGUCGGCCACAGACUUUGAUGGCUGGACGCCUCUUCACGCUGCAGCUCACUGGGGUCAAGAAGAGGCGUGUCGCAUUCUGGCCGAGCAGCUGUGCAACAUGGAGGCUCGCAGCAACGGGGGUCAGACGCCGUUUGAUGUAGCUGAUGAAAGUGUUGCAGAGCUGCUGGAAGAGUUAUCACAGAAGCAAGCUAACUGGCGUAACGAGCGCUCGAUAUCAGAACGGCAGAACCAACCAGGCCACAAUACUGCUAAUGUACAAAACAAGCGACGGAGGACGUCGGUGUGCAGGAUGAGCAGUAAGGACAAGAUAAACGUACAGGAUCUGUCCAAGGAAAGAGGUGUUUCAGACCUGGAUAUGAGCGAGGAGAAGGAAAGCGAAAGCUCCACUGUUUCCAGUCCAGACACAGAGAGCGGGACCAUAUCCACCAUUACUCCUGCCGAGAAGCCUUCUGAGGAGAAAACAGAGGAUGAGGAGCAGACGGAGGAGGAGAAGGAGCAGAACAAGGCAAGCCGCACCGCCAGGGUCCAGCCCACUCCUCAAACGAGGGAGGCUGUCGUCGAGAGUCCCAGUGCUCCAGUCGCAGACAAGAAACAGCAACCCAAACAGUUCCAGGCAGCAGAUAGAGAUGAAGAGUCUGAGUCCCAGAGGAAAGCUCGGUGUCGGCUGAUGCGUCAGUCCCGUCGCCUCACUCAGGGUGUGACUUUGACGGAGCUGAAAGAAGCAGAGAAAAUUCCUCCUCCUCCUCCUAAAAGCGUCCAGUCAGUGAGCCCCAUCAUCACUGUUACUCCCACUGAACGGGAAAAUGAUGCAGUGAAGCAGCUGGAGUCGGAGGGCGACAAGCGUUUGGCUCCGAAGAGGAGAGGGAGGAGGGAGAGACGCUCCACUGGCAUCGUUCAGCCGGGCUCAGAGAAUGAUGAUGGUGAAUCCCAGCCAGAAGACACAUACAGCAAUGAUGGGAGAGAUUCGUCAGACUACAGAACGCUGUACAUCAAGGUACUGCAGGAGAACAUGUCUCUGAAAGACAAGCUACAAGAGAUGGAGCUGCAGCUGAGCCAAAACAAAGAGGAGCUGGAGAGACUGCGACAGAGUCAGGAGGGCGGAACUGACAGACCGGCACUGCUUGAGCUAGAGAGAUUUGAAAAGCUUGCCCUCCAGAGGAAAGCGGUGGAACUGGAGGAUGAGCUGAAGGUUCUGGGAGACCUCAGAGCAGACAACCAGAGGCUUAAAGAUGAGAACGCCGCCCUCAUUCGGGUCAUCAGUAAACUCUCCAGAUGAACCACAAUCAUCAUACAGACAGAAAGUAUUACACAACCAAUGUUUUGCCCAAACUGAGGAGAAAAACCACUAUGGGAGAGGCAGCGUGGAACCACAGAUGUCUGGUUCGCGGCGCGCCAUUUGUUGGGCCUUGGAUGUUUUUGCAGAUCUACUGUUUAUCAAGCCAAACUGCACCACCUGUGGACCAACGGGAAGUUCACAUCCAGUUUUAUAUUAGCUUUUUAUUGUAUUUUUUUACCUGCCAUGUUUUAUUGUGCUUUGCUUCAGCGAUCCUUUGUAUAAAAUCUGUAUUUUGGAGACUUAAAGCCAUGCAAGGCGAUAGCUCACAAUAAAGGGUUUGUCGCACACAAGACUUAAAUGUGCCAAAAGAAGGGGGGAGGGGAGGGGGGAAAAGUUCCAGUUUUGCACAAAUUUAGGUUAAAAAAAAAAAGUGGGCAGUAUUGUUUCUCAGGAUGAGUCUUUUUGUUCAGCAUUUACUGUUUUUUUUAGUUGGCUGCUGUACCAGUGGACCAAAACUCUGCAUGCUCACCUUUCCCUGCUCAUCUCAACGUUCAUUUCAUGCGUUAAUAUUGCAGCCGCCUGCGGGGGUGCAUUGAUGUAAAGGCAGUACCUGAAAUACUGCUGCGUUACAGACUGAGUGUUUGGGUGCUAACGGAGAGGUGACGAUCAGGUUUAGAAACUUUGAAUAAUGUUACAGCACAGAUCCCUUUCUGGAGGUUGAGGAGAAUCUGAUCUCUGUACUGUUUGUUUUUGUUUGCCAUAAUGACUGGACUCUUCUUUGUAUUCACCCUGUGACGGACAGCUGUAGUUUAACAGACAGGCCAGAUGGGUCAUCCUUUGAAUGUUUACCUACCUGUGAGACAGAAAUGCAUGUCAAGUUGUAUUUUGAAGCUGUGCCUUUGGAUAUACAUUUGUAAGUAAUAUUUCUAUUUUGAUUUGGCAUUGUACAAGGUCGAGUAUAAAAUACGUGGGUAUAAACAA